CGGCAUGGACGGCCGUGACUUCGCGCCCCCGCCGCGGCUGCUGUCGGAGCGGGGCAGCCUGGGCCACCGGCACGGCGCGGGGCGCGUGGCGGGGUCGGCGCACGGGGCCGUGCAGCCCCCCGGACACUUCCAGCCCACCAAGUACUUCCCGGCGCCCAUCUCCAUGGCCACGCACACAGCCGGCAGCAGCCUGAUGGGGAGUGCCCCCCCCUCCUCCUUCAUGGGGGGCUUCCUGAGUGGCAGCCUGGGCUCGGGGGGGCCCAGCCACCCCGCUGGCCCCGCCGCGUCCCCCCCAGAACCGGCCUUCUGCGGGCCCCACUCUGGCACCUCCCAGAUCUGGUUCUCCCACUCCCACGAAGCCCCGGGGUACCCCCGCUUCUCCGGGAGCUUGGCCUCCACCUUCCUGCCCAUGGGCCACCUGGAUCACCACGGCAAUGGCAACGUGCUCUAUGGCCAGCACCGUUUCUACGAGAGCCAGAAAGAUAACUUCUACCUGCGGAACCUUCCGGCGCAGCCCCCCCUGCUCCCCGCCAGCCACGGCUUCCCCGGCAUCGCCCGUGCCGCCCCCGGGCCCCCCGCCGGCUCCUGCAGCCGGGAGCGGGACACCGGCCCCCUCCCCAAGACCCCCAAGGACUACGAGCGCUUCCUGGCGGGCAAGGACAAGGGGGGCAAGGGCGACCCCAAGGAGCGGCUGCCCGAGGAGGACCCCAAGGAGAGGCACAAGGCGGUGCUGCCGGUGCCGCCCGAGGGGCACUGCAAGGAGGGGGUGCCGCCGCGGGGGGCCGGCGACGGGCGCCCCAAACCCCUGGCCUCGUGCCUGCUGGGGGCCAAGGGGCUGGACGGGGACGGUGCCCGCGCCGCGCUGCCCAGCUGUGCCGGGAGCGCCCUGCCCCGCGCCGCCCGCUGCGCCCCCAAGGAGCGGGAGCCGGGGGUCCCCGAGGCCCCCCAGCCCUACGGUGAGGCGGUGGAGCGGCGGCAGAUGCUGCACCACGCCGUGUCCUACGCUGUGCCCGCCGCCGGCUCCUUCCCCUGCCUCCCGCUCCACGCCGGCCCCGAGGUGCUGUGCCCGCUGCCCGAGCCCCCCGCCCGCGAGCUGAAGCUCAGCGGGGCUACCUUGGUGCCCUCGGUGGGGCCCCCGACGGACAAGAGCCGCUCCUUCCAGGCGGAAUCCGGCGGGAUGGAGCGCGGGGACGGCAAGGAGCGGCACGCCGAGGCGGGCGCUGAGCCCUACGGUGCCCCCUUCCACCACCCGCUGAAGGCCGAGGGCCCGGCGGAGCGGCGGCUGGAGUGGGGGGCUCCGGGCACCCGGCUGAAGGGGCUGGAGUACCUGGGGGGGGGCGCAGCCGAAGGACCCCCGUUCUCCGGCCGGUGCCCCGCGCCCAAGGCGGCUCUGGAGAAGGGCUACUUCGAGGUGCCGCCCGCCCCCGACUGCUCCCGCGCCCCCCGGCCCGACCCUCUGGGCGUCCGCGUCGGCCCCUCCUGCUGCACUUUAGAGAAGGGCCCCCCCAAGGAGCCCCCGGCCCAGAAGGUGGCACGGAUCCGGCACCAGCAGCACCCCGAGGCCGAGGCGGCCGAGGGCAAGCGCAAGCCCCUGGAGCUGGGUGGCCUGGGCUACGGCGGGCACCCCCUGCCCCCCUGGGGGGUGCAGGGCCAGGGGCCCCCCCUGGCUGUGGCUGAGGAGCGGAAGGGGGGGCCCUACCUGGACCCCUUUGGCGCGGGGCUGGUGCGGGCGCAGGAGGUGCCCAACGCCCCCGACGAGGUGUCGGCCAUGAAGAACCUGCUCAAGUACAGCAACGGGGCGCUGCUGGGGGGGCAGAAGGGCCCCCCCUUCGUGGGGCUGGGCAGCGCCAAGGGCAGCUGCGCCCACCAGGACGCCAAGUUCCCGUCGGGCAAGGGUCAGCCGGAGCUGGAGCGGCCGGACUGCGCCCGCGGCCGGGAGCACGAGGCGCUGGGCCCCGGCGGCACCGAGGGCGAGGUGCGGCAGCCGCCCGUGGGCAUCGCGGUGGCCGUGGCGCGGCAGAAGGACACGCUGGCCCGCCACGAGCCCUACGGUGCCGGCGGCAGCGGGCGGCAGCGGGCGGCUGCUGGAGUCAAAGCAGGCACCGCGCGCCCCGUGCACCUGAUGGAGCUGGAGGCGGAGGAGGAGCGGGGCCGGCUGUGCGAGGAGCGCCUGGGGCUGCCCUCGAGGGACAUCCUGCUCCAGGACAACAAGGACCUGGUGGAGUUUGCCCGGAUGCACCCAUCGGGGGGGUGUCCUGGGGAGCUGACCCCCCACCUGAUGAUGACGGGGGGCUCGUCGCUGCCGGCGGGGCAGCUCGGGGGGGACCCUGCUGCCCACGCCCACCCUGCCCACACGCACUGGCUGCCCCGCACCCGCAGCCCCUCCAUCUGGAUGGGGGGACACUCCUACGGCAUCGGGCACCCCGCCCUGCACCAGAACCUGCCCCCUGCCUUCCCUGCCUCCAUGCCCAGCGCCAUGCAGCCCGUGUUCCCCCUGGCCCAGGACCCCCCUGCCCAGCUCGUCAUCCUCCCCACGGAGCCCCCCACCCAUGGCACCCCCCACACGCUGGCUGACGUGAUGGACCAGGCAUCGCUGUGGCCCCCCAUGUACCCGGGCCGGGGUCCCAGUGCCCACCUGCAGCACACGGGGCAGCUCCCCGUGUACCCACGGUCGCAGUUCCUGCGGCAGCAGGAGCUCUAUGCCCUGCAGCAGCAGCAGCAGCAGCAGCAGCAACAGCAGCGGGCGGCCCAGGCCCUCGAGAUCCAGCGCCAGGUGCACGGCCAGCGGAAGCCGGAGGAGCAGCCCCUGGAGCUGGAGGAGAGGGGUCCCGAGAAGCCCCUCAAACCCUCCCACAAAGCAGUUGCCUUAAACCCGCCGGCCAAGGGCCUGACCUCGGCGGCCCCCGCGCCCCCCAAGCUGUCCCCGUGCUGCCACUCGCCGGCCCUGCGGCACCCGGCCAAGUGCCCCGUGACGCUGCCCACGGCCCCCUGCCCUCGCCGGCCGCCAGCCCCCUGCCCGCCCCCAGCAAGGGCGGCGAGGGCGAGGACACGCGGGGCGAGGGGCAGCCCCCGCGCCGCUACCCCAAACCCCUGGAGCCAGGUAGGACCGCGGGGACGGGGAGCGGCGGGAGGGCAGCCGGGGAGAACCGGGGCGUCCCCGCUGACCCUCGGCCGCCCCCCGCAGACCUGCCCCCCGGGCUCGCCGCCCGCCGAGCCCGAGCAGUCCCGGACCUUCAGCCCCGCGGCCGAGGCGCUGCGGGAGCCGGGCCCCCCGCGGGACCCCCCGGCCGAGGGUGCCGGGGCGCUGCUGCACCGGCACCACCUGCUGCUGCCGCCCGGAGCGCUCUGCGGGGAGCGGGGCGCAGCGCCGGCCGGCGGCACCGAGGAGCCCUUCGGGGGGCACCGGGAGCUGGCUCAGGGAGCGCCGGAGCAGCCGGAGCAGCAGCACCCCGUGCCCGAGGAGGGGGGCUCCCCGCUGCCCCCCACUGCGGAGGAGGAGGAAGAGGAAGAGGAGGAGGAUGAAGGAGACAGCGAUGGCUCAGAGCCAGAGGGCAGCUGCGAUGAGGAAGAGGAGGAGGAUGAUGAUGUCCCCAGUGGGCACCAGGGCUGCGCGGGUGGGCUGGAGGCGCUGAUCGCUGCCGGCAUCGACCUGGGGGAGCUGCCGGCGCUGGAGGAGCCCGAGGAGCCGCCCCCGGCCCCCCCUUCGCCUGCCCCCCACCCCUCAGGGAUCCCGGGCAUCGCCCUGCUCAGCGAACUCGCCGACCUGGAGCUGCGCCGGCGCCGCUGUGACCUGGCCAGGGAAGGUGAGGAUGAGGAGCUGCUGGCUUUCAACCUGCAGAACCUGGCCACGGUGGCGGCUGCCUGGUCGCUGGUGGAGGCGGCAGGACGGGAGGGCAGCCCCCCAGCACUCAGCCCCCUGCCCGUGUCCCCCCCGCCCCGUGCCCGCGUCCCCCGGCGCAAGUACACCUGGACCCCCAAAACCAAGGCCGUGUGCCCGCUGAAGGCGGCCAUGGAGCAGCUGAACACGCAGGAGGUGGAGGUGCGGAUGCGCCUGGCCGAGCUCCAGCGCCGCUACAAGGAGAAGCAGCGGGAGCUGGUGAGGCUGCAGCGGCGCCACGACCACGAGCGCGACGAGAGCUCCCGCAGCCCGGCGCGGCGCGGGCCGGGGCGGCCGCGGAAGAGGAAACACUCCAGUGCCCUGGGCAGGGCCGAGAGCCGCAAGGUCAAGGCGGUGAAGACCAGCCUGUCCCUGCUGUGUGCUGAGCUGAGGGGGGACCCCGAGCCCCAGAAGAAGAGGAGCAAACUGGCCGGGGGGACGUUCAGCAGCCUCCAGGGCUCCCCGCUGAAGCAGAAGGUGAAGGGCAAGGGGCUGCCCCCCGGGCUCAGCCCCUUCCGCCGGAGGGACCCCAACCCCGGUGCCCGCAUCCAGAAGAAGCUGAACCGGCCCAAGGGCUCCAAGAGCUCCAAGUACCAGGGGCAGGACCCUGGUCCCCGGCAGCCCCCCCACUUCAGAGAUGAGCCUGAGGGUGACACGGACAGCGAGGAGGGGGAUGAGGAGCCAGGGCUGUCACUGCCAGCUGGGCCGGUGGCUGUGCUGGGGCCCUCCCCAUCCUCCGUGGUGAAGAUGGAGGCCAACGAGAAGGCCAAGAAGAAAAAGGAAAGGCAGGGGCUGCUAGGUCCGUGCCGCCUGGGCAGCCCCGAGGGGGAGGUGAAGAUCAAGCGGCGGCCGGUGAAGCCGGGGGGAGCCGGGAAGCUGGAGAAGGUGCCGGGCCGGCGGAAGGCGGGGGGCUGCCCCGAGGGCAGCAAGAAGAAGCUGAAAGCCAAGGCCAAGGAGAGCCUGAGGCCCCCAGCCCCCGGCGGCCCCAGCCCCCCGGGAGCCCCCAGCAGCCUCUUUGGGGGCACGGACCCCCGGCUGCUGGGGCCGCGGGAUGAGGGGGCUCGGCUGGGAGAGAGGGGCAAGAAGGGCACCCGCAAGAGCAAAGGGCUGCAGGCAGCCCUCAGGCGCAAGAACGGGGCACUCUCGCUGGCCCUCUCCCCCCGGAGCGCCAAGACCAUCCUGAGCAAGGGCAAGAAACUGGCCAAGGUCAAGAGCAAAGUGGCCACCAAACAGUGCAAGGGCCGGGCUGUCAGCAAACUCCUGGAGAGCUUCACCGUGGAGGACGACUUCGACUUCGACGACAACAGCAGCUUCUCGGAGGAGGAGGAGGAGCUGGGAGGCUGCCUGGCAGGGGGGGCCCGCGGGGGGGUGCCCCACGCCUGCGCCAUCCAGAAGGAGGAUCUGCGGGACGGGCUGCACAUCCUGAUCCCCAAGGAGGACAGCCUGCUCUACGCCGGCAGCGUGCGCACCAUCCAGCCCCCCGACAUCUACAGCAUCAUCAUCGAGGGUGAGCGGGGGAACCGGCAGCACAUCUACUCACAGGAGCAGCUGCUGCAGGAGGCGGUCCUGGACAUCCGGCCGCAGUCACGGCGGAGCCUUCCACCCGGCACCCGCGUCUGUGCCUACUGGAGCCAGAAAUCCCGGUGCCUCUAUCCCGGGAACGUGGUGCGAGGCUCCUCCAGCGACGAGGAGGAGGAGGACGCUGAGGCUGUGCUGGUGGAGUUCGAUGACGGGGACACGGGACACAUUGCUGUGUCCAACAUCCGCCUGCUGCCCCCUGACUUCAAGAUCCAAUGCACCGAGCCCUCCCCGGCACUGCUGGUGUCCAGCUCCUGCCGGCGGGCGAAGCGGGCGUGUGGCGACGUGGGCACCCCUGGGGCGCUGCCCCCCACGCUCUGCCCCGACCACGGCCCCCAGCCCGCCCGGAAUUCCGGCAGGAAGGCGGCUGGCAAGGAGAAGAGUGGCAAAGCCAUGGAGGGGCUGUCGGGGGGCCGGGGCCCGGCGCUGGGGGACUCGGCGGCCGGGCGGCGCGGAGGGUCCCUGCUCAGCUGGGCCGCCGUGGCACAGACCAAGCGCAAGGCGGCGAACAAGGGCUCGGCCGUGCUCCAGAACCUCUUCCAGGUCAACGGCAGCGCCAAGAAGCUGCGGGCCAAGGAGACCCUCUUCCCUCUGCACCACCACCACCACCACCUCGCCGCCCCCGUCUUCGGCAACGCCUUCGGCGCCGACUCCUUCGGCCGCAUCGCCAGCUCCUACGGCUCCUUCGGCGCCGGCGCCGGGCUGGUGCUGCCGGCCGCCCAGAAGCUGCUGCGCUCCAAGAAAGCCGAGCGGCUGGAGGCCGAGGUGGGCAGGAGCGGGCGCAGGAAGGCAGCGGGCAGCGAGUUCCUGGUCAAGCUGGACCACGAAGGGGUGACAUCCCCCAAGAACAAGACGUGCAAGGCGCUGCUGUUGGCCGAGAAGGACUUCGGGGCCCGGCUGGAGCGGCCGCUGGGCAGCCACGGCUACGGACACGCCGGGCUGGGCGGCCGGGAGCGCCGGGGCCGCGCGGCCACACACCCGCUGCCCGUGGGGCUGGCGCUGCGCAAGUACUCGGGGCACGGGGACUUCGCCCUGAACUGCGACAGCGACUGCCACAGCUCCUACUCGGACAUGGACGAGGACGAGGACGCGGGCGGGCUCGGCGCCGACGUCCCCUCGCGCUUCAUGACGCGCCUUUCCGUGUCCUCCUCUUCCUCGGGCUCCUCCACCUCGUCCAGCUCCGGCUCCAUCUCCACGUCCAGCCUGUGCUCCUCGGACAAUGAGGACUCCUCGUACAGCUCGGAGGACGAGGACUCGGCGCUGCUGCUGCAGACCUGCCUGUCGCACCCGGUGCCGGCGCUGCUGGCGCAGCCGGACGCGCUGCGGCCCAAGGGCGCCGCGCCCCAGCGCUGCUUCCUGUCCAAGGCGGCCGCCGCCGGCCCCAAGGCCAAGCUCAAGCGCAAGGAUCCCCUCAGCUUCGCCAAAGCCAAAGAGUUCUCCCGGCGGCAGCGCCUGCCCUCGGUGGAAAACCGGCCAAAGAUCUCCGCCUUCCUGCCCGCGCGCCAGCUCUGGAGGUGGUCAGGGAACCCCACGCAGCGGCGCGGCAUGAAGGGCAAGGCGCGGAAGCUGUUCUACAAGGCCAUCGUGCGGGGCAAGGAGACGCUGCGCGUGGGCGACUGCGCCGUGUUCCUGUCGGCCGGGCGGCCCAACCUGCCCUACAUCGGCCGCAUCGAGAGCAUGUGGGAGUCCUGGGCCAGCAACAUGGUGGUCAAGGUCAAGUGGUUCUACCACCCCGAGGAGACCAAGCUGGGCAAGCGCCAGAGCGACGGCAAGAACGCGCUGUACCAGUCGUGCCACGAGGACGAGAACGACGUGCAGACCAUCUCGCACAAGUGUCAGGUGGUGGGGCGGGAGCACUACGAGCAGCUGACGCGCGGCCGCCGCUGCCAGGACCGCCAGGACCUCUAUUACCUGGCGGGCACCUACGACCCCACCACGGGGCGCCUGGUGACCGCCGACGGGGUGCCCAUCCUGUGCUGACCCCGGGGUGCCCACCCUGUGCUGCCCCCGGGGUGCCCACCCUGUGCUGACCCCGCCCGGCUCUUAUGCAAAGGGUGACGUGGGGACAUUGGGGGCACAUCAGGGGACGUGGGGGGGGGGCUCCCCUACAAGCCAUAACUUUCCCUAGUACCUCUGACUGUUUGCCAGCAGGUGAAGCAGAAAUCAGGUGUGUUGUUCUAUUUAUUUUGCCUGUAAAUAUUGUAUUUCUUCCGGGAAGUUUUAUGGAAAAGCGAGAAAGGAAAAAAAAAAACAAAACAACAACAAACCCAACAACAGCAGAAAAAAAAAAAAAAAAGACAAAAAAUGAUGAAAAAAAAUCACAAAAAAAUAAUAAUAAUCCUCGGGGAAGGGGGUGGGGGGGUCGUUUCAGUGCACUGUGUCCCCCGGCCUGGGGGGACGGGGACAGCGGGGAGCGCUGUACAGAGGGGGCCAGGGCGGGGGCUCGGCCCCGGGCGGGGGGCCCAGCGCCGCCGUCCCCAGUGCAAUAGUGGGGUGACCGCGGGGGGGACACCCUGGGGGGACCACGGGGACCCCGCGGGGCCGGCGGACGCUGGCCCGUCCCGCCGCCGCUGCCUGCAAAAUAUGUACAGGGGCUUUUCCAGUGUAAACACUAAAAAACAAAAAAAUCCCACAAAACAGGAUUAAAAAAAAAAAAAAAACCCAAAAGGAAAAAAAAAAAAAAAAAAGGAGCAAAGGGUUAAACAAAGGUUUUAUGAGCCGCCAUUCCUGUAAAGGCCUUUUACUAUGGAACUUUUUUAUGGAUAACUUGGCUUAUGAAUAAAUAUAUGAACCGUUGCUGGCGCCGGCUCCGC